AGCCACUUGAAAUCAACUAGAUAGUGAAUUAUAUAAAAUCAAUCCACUACCAACCAUCGGCAUCAGUGUCUAGUCCAACAGUCGUCCUCAGUUCAACCCAGCAAACAAGUAGCUCAGCAGCAGUCCAAGAUGUUCAAACCAACCAGUUUCGGAAUUGUCCUGUUUGCUUUGGCCUUCGGAGUGGCCAUCGCCAGCGUCGAAGAAGAACCUGCACAGAUCGAGGCCAAGAUUGAAAUUGUCCAAGAUAUCGCAGCCUUCAAGGCGGCUCAUCCGGAACUGGACGUCGUCCCGUUGGAAGUUGCUCGAAGUGCCCGUCAACAGAUUGUUUACACCCUGGGAAACCGAUUGUCGGGUGACCGAUUGGUAGCAACCAGCCAGGACGGCGCAUCAUGGGCCACCUUGCAGGAUGUGACGUUGAACUUGCGCUACCCACAGGCUGGAACCGGAGCGGUCGUCAGCUACGUACAGGUGGUGGUCAACCAGAGCUCCAACCAAGGACGGGGAUACGUGGUCAGUGGAGGAGUCGGUCAGCGCUACAUUCAACUGGUGAUUGAAGCAUACUCUACCAGCUACUUCCAGUACAAUGCUCAGAUUUAUGGAUAUUGAAUGUGAUCUUGAAUUCGUCAUGUAAUGUUUAAGUUUAAUAAAUUUGAAUUGAAGAAAAAUGCAAAGGUUGAAUUAAUACACAUGUGAUUGGAUUAUGGAACACAAAAAUCUCGGUGCAUAAAAAUAUUUAGAAAUACACACAGAGUUUUCCUUUA